AUGCGCGGGGCGGGCGGCUGGCCGGGCGGCGCGUGGCCGCCGCUGGCGCUCUCGCAGGCGGCGGCGGUCACGCUCAUGCGCAUGCGUUUCAGCAGCUUCCUUCCGGCGCAGCUGCUGCACGUGCUCGCCGCGGCGGCCUGCGUGGGCGCCAGCGGCGCGGCGCCCGCCGACGCGGCCCUCUGCGUCUCGCAACUCUUAGGCUUUGGGUGGUGCGCGCCCUCGCUGCUGGCGCUCGCGCUGGACGCCAGCUCGCGGCACACGUUUGCGCACGGCAGCGCGCCGCGCGCUCACGGGCGGCGCGCGGCGCUCAAACAGGCUUAA